UUACAACCAACUAUUCUACAAUAAUCACUAAAAUGGCCACCAAGUCAUCACCCCAAUCGAUCGAGGUACAUGCACCCGUGGAUAUGCAUGUUCACGUUCGACAAGGUGAAAUGGCAUCUCUGGUCGUGCCUCACGUAGAACAAGGCGGGAUGACACUGGCAUACGUUAUGCCGAAUACCGUUCCGCCUCUCACCUCGGUUGAUCAAUGUUUGGCAUAUUUGGACGAAUUGGAAAAGUAUACUUCUUCGAAUGUUGAAUUGGUAGGAACGCUUUAUUUGCAUCCUUCUCUCACGAGAGAAGAGAUUGCCAAAGCAGCAGCUACCAAACAUCCUCGAUCGGGCAGAAGAAGAAUUAUGGGCGUAAAGAGUUAUCCUCGAGGUGUGACGACAAAUAGCGAAGGUGGAAUCGAGAGUUAUGAAGCAUACUACGAAGUUUUUGAUGAAAUGCAAAAACACGAUAUGGUUUUGAACUUGCAUGGAGAAGUUCCAAGUAAUGAAGAGAACAAUAUCACAGUCAUGACAGCAGAAGCUGCUUUCUUGCAACAUCUACAUAGCCUUCACGCUCGCUUCCCUAACCUUCGAAUCGUUUUGGAACAUGCAACAACCGAAGCUGCGGUAGAAGCAGUAAAGAAAUGCGGAGAAACGGUAGCAUGCACAAUCACACCACAUCAUUUAGAAUUAAUCGUUGAUGAUUGGGCGGGAAAACCAUUACAUUUUUGCAAACCGGUCGCAAAAACGUACAAUGAUCGAAAAGCUUUACGAAAAGUAAUCGCAGAAGGACAUGCAAGAUUCUUUUUGGGUUCGGAUUCGGCUCCUCAUCCGGUCACUUCAAAGCUCCCAUCUGCAUCUACUCAUGGAUCUUCACAUGCUGCACUGAAUUGCGGUUGUGCGGCUGGGGUUUAUACAUCGGCUAUCCUUUUGCCUUUAUGUGCAAGUUUGCUUGAUUCUUUUGGUGCUUUGGACAGGUUGUCUUCGUAUGUUUCUGAUAAUGCUCGUCGGUUUUACAAAUUUGACGGUCUAAAUAGGAAAGUCACUUUACAUAAAGUUGAUUCAUCCUCGCAAGACCAGCGGGCUAUAGUACCAGGAAGUUAUACAUUAGAUGCACAUGCACAAAUCAAAGAUGGCGAAAAAGGCAAGAUUCAAGUCGUACCAUUCUGGUCAGGCAAGCAAUUAGGGUGGAUAAUUGCCUAAAUGAAUCUGCACAAAAGCCCUUAUAGGAAUACCGUUGUAUUUGAUAGAAUUGCAUGUUUGAAUCUUACAGUGUACACUUUUUUUUGGCCAAAUGAAGCUUGUGAUGAUGAGAGUUAGGAUGCCUUUUUUGAUCAGUCGUAGGGUAUCAAAGGAUGAAUGAGAGUGUGCGUAUGUGCCAACGAUUACCUUGCACUGGAAGGGCUACGAGCGCACAGCCAUCGCAAAGUGACGUCAAUAUUCACUUGUCUCUUACUGCUAAUAGAAUAACAAGAUACCUCUCGAUUAGAGAUUGUCUCCAGACGCCUAUUC